AACCCACGCCUUUCCUGACUCGCACCUGGCGUGGGAUCGGUAACCUGUCUAGGCUAUCUUUCGGGUUUGCGGGAACUCUUAUUCUUAUUUUUAUUUUUUCCUGUCGCAGCAGCGCCAUGGAGGUGCACAGCGAAUCACGGAAUCCACCCCGGCCUCGUGUGUGAGAGGGCUUGCCUUGUUCUCGACGCCAUGGGCUGCCGCGGUGGUGCUGUGCUUGGAGACGAUUUUUGCCGCCGUCACACGGCAUCGGCUGCCGCAUGUGCCUGUGCUGUUGCCAUUGCUGCCAGUGCUGGUGCUGGUGCUGGUGCUGAUCGGUUUGCACUCUCCCUCGGCCAGCCUCACACUGGGAGUGACUGGCUCCAAAUGCUCCGGUUGGCGGCUGUAGGAGCGUUGGCUGAGCCGCCCCGCCCCCCGGCUCUUUGCUCGGUCAUGGCCUUGACAGAGUCGUGGAAGAGGCCAGAAAGAGAGUCAGAGUGCACUUCAAUUUCCAGACUCCGGUUCCAUCAGGACUAG